UGAUUUCAGCUCGUAACGCACGAGACUCUUAACAUAGUUUCUAGCACGCGCAUUUGCGUCCAGAUCGCGGACGGUGCUGAAGGCAGGCAGCUACUGUGACACCAACUUCUGAUCUUUUAAUCUUUGGAACUAACUAAAAAGGAAUAUGGAUACAUUACGAUUUGGGGUCCUUCUUAUUCAUUGUCUCGUGUUACUCAAGGUGUGCAGUAGCGCCUCUAUGGACAGGUAUGAGAGCGCCAAACCCAGAACAACAGUGGUCAACUACUUACACACCCUUGAGGAAACACGCAGUACAGGUCACCACGAGGUGGAUAGGGUGUCGCACUUGGAUCUUUAUGAUCAGGAUGAUGAUUAUUUCUCUGGGGAUUAUGAACUCUAUCAGCCUAGAGUGGCAUUUUCCACAAAACCCAAAAAUCCGUCGAUGAUGCCCAUUACUGAGAACAAGAGAAAAGGCAGAAGGAAGGGCAAAGGAAAGGGCAAGGGCAAGGGGAGGAAGAACCCCUGCCUUGGGGAAUACAAAGACUUCUGCAUUCACGGAGUGUGUCAGUAUCUGAAGGAUUUGCACACUCAUUCUUGUGUAUGUGAAGCAGGUUAUUCAGGGGAGAGGUGCCACCUAUUCACCCUACCAGUAGCUAAGGAGGAGCAACGUUACAGCCGGACCACAGCUCUAGCUGUCAUAGCAGUGGUCUUGUCGCUCAUGUGUCUCGCCAUCAUUUGUAUUCUGCUGGCGAUUCAGUAUCACAAAAAAGGUGACAUUGAUGUGGAAAGUGAAGAAAAGUUCAAACUUGAAGCAACAUCAGUACGGCAGUGAUAAGAGGAGAAAGGACAUGUGACACGUGACCCAUGCAGGGAAAGGAUUAUGACUGAGGAUUAAACUUUUUUUUUUUUUUUUUUGUCCUGCUGGGGUUUAGCAAUCCCCACCCCCUUUCAAAAUUUUCCUACACCCCAGAUGUCCAGCAAAUGAAAUAGCUGGCAAAACUGUCAUAAAGGAUGUUUUGAACACAGGUUCAAAACAGUCCCCUUCGCUCUUCUGCACCUGGAGAACAUAUAGAAAGGACUGUGUGCUUGAAAGGAACUGAAGUACCUGAUGAAUGUAGUACAACCUUCUAGCUGCAUCAGGAUGUGCUCCAAGUUUCUUGUGUUUUUUGCUUAUUUAUUUUCAAAAGGGUGUUUCUCCAUCCCGACGGUCUAAAGUACUGUGUGAACGCCAUACUACUUCUGUAAUUAUUUAUUUAUAGUGUAUUGGUUAUUUAUUUUGAUAUGUAACAGUUGUGUUUACUGAUUGCACUGUAAGUUUUAUAAAUGUGUUUUUAAUGUACAAAUAUUUAUUGUUGAUGGAUACAAUCAAGUAACGUUCAGAGGACUGUUAUGGUUGAGUGAAGAUACAUCAGUCUAUAUCACCUAUAGAAGACCCUAUUUGUGUUGAAGUUUUUAUAACCUUAUAACUAUACUGUGAAAAUACAGACUUGCGAAGCUCUAAAAAUGCAAUCAGAGAAAUCGUGUACUGUGUGGAAAUGUCAAACACACAAGGUUUUUGUAUACUUAGUAGGUCUUUUAUAGAGUGUGUAUUACUGGGAAAGUGUUGCUUAAGUUAAAUAAAAUUGAAAAUAUUUAUCAAAGUAUUUUUACAGCUUGUUCUGUAUAAAAUAACACCAUUUCAGCGACUAAUCUCAAACAACAAUAACUAAGCAAUGUUUUACUUAAAUAAAUUCUUGU